AUGAUUGAGUAUCUAAUCAGCAUCGCAUUCGGCCUCUCCAGUGUGCUCACGGUGCUGAUUUUGCUCCUUCCCUCGCAAUAUGAUCCAGCCACGAAAGACAAGCCCAGCGUGCAGGUCCUGGUCUUAGGUGACAUUGGUCGAAGCCCGCGCAUGCAAUAUCAUGCCCUGAGCAUUGCUAAACACGGAGGAAAGGUUGUCAUCGUCGGUUAUAAAGAGUCCGAUCCGCACCCAGACAUCAUUUCCAACCCGAAUAUCACAAUCAUUCCUCUUCGCCCCCAUCCCGCAAUUCUCCAAACCAGUAACAAGCUCCUAUUCAUCAUCUACGGUCCGUUGAAAGUGCUAUUCCAGGUCGCUUACCUGUGGAAAUGCCUUGCGUAUACUGCCCCCUCAUCGCGCUGGCUUCUAGUGCAGAACCCACCCUCAAUUCCUACGUUAGCUGUGGCAUCAAUCUCUUGCUUCUUGCGACAAACCAGACUGGUGAUUGAUUGGCACAAUUUUGGUUACUCCAUUCUGGCACUCAAAUUGGGCCAGAAUCACCCGCUCGUGAGGCUCUCCACUUGGUAUGAAAAGACAUUCUGCCAAUCUAGCUCGGCUCACCUGUGUGUAACCGACGCGAUGGGCUUGGUGCUCAAGAAAAAUUUUGCACUUCAAGCCCCCAUCUUGCCAUUGCACGAUCGACCAGCCAGCCACUUCCACCCUAUCACCAAUCCUCACGAGCGGAAUGAUUUUCUUAAAGAGCUCCCCGAGACAGAGUCGGUGCGUUCCUCGCUGGCCGAAGGAACGCUUCGAGUUCUGGUCAGUUCGACUUCCUGGACACCGGAUGAGGACUUUUCGAUUCUUAUCGAUGCAUUGCUGCAAUACUCGGAACUGGCCACUGCGCGGCCCGAACUUCCAGAAAUUCUGGCCAUAAUUACAGGAAAGGGUCCGCAAAAGGAGAUGUAUCUCCAAAAAAUCGCAGCGCUGGAAGCCGCUGGUCGGCUUCAAAGGGUCACAAUAAAAACGGCGUGGUUGACGGUGCAUGACUAUGCCCGGCUUCUGGCAUCGGCAUCAUUAGGCGUCAGCCUCCAUACCAGUAGUAGUGGUGUCGAUCUCCCAAUGAAAGUUGUCGAUAUGUUUGGCGCGGGACUGCCCGUGGUGGGCUGGAAUCGCUUCAGAGCGUGGCCAGAACUGGUAAUCGAGGGCGUCAACGGACUGGGCUUUGGAAGUGCGACUGAGCUGACGGAGCGAUUGGUUGAGCUUUUUAGUGAUAAUGAAAAGCUGGAAACUCUUCGAGUUGGCGCCCAAAAAGAAAGCACCCGGCGAUGGGAUGAUGAGUGGGAUCCCAUUGUGGGCAAAUUGCUUGGGCUCACAUAG